AUGCAGGCAACAGGCAUCUAUAGUGGAACAGAAAAAGAAAGGGAUUCUGUUCUGUUUGAGCUUUCCGGGUAGCCGUUGUUGCUUAGUUUCUUACUUCCUGUCACUGGAUUUGGUUCCACCCCCCCCCCCCCCCCCCCCCCCCCCCCCCCCCCCCCCCCCCCCCCCCCCCCCCCCCCCAAAUAAAAAGUGGGUUCUGCUCUCCCCACCAAACUUAUACAUGGCAUGUAGGGACAUCUCUUGGAAUGUCUCGACUGUGUCCGAUCUACUGUCUCCAUCACUAACACUAACUCUGUUACCUCUCAGUUUACUGGCCUCACCCCCUGCAUGUAAGAGUUGACCCCCUUAUCUUUUGGUUGUUGUUUUUUGAUAAACCAAUUACAUUAAAGCAUAUAUGUAUAUGCAUAUAUCAUGGCUAUUAUAUAUACAUACAUAUAUCAAUCAUUAUAAUAGUAUCCGUGUGGCCACGUAACUCUCUAGCAACCCUCUUUUAUUUAGGGUUUUCUUUUGAUACAUUUUUAUUUUAUAUAACUUACUAAAACGAAUAAUACGACCUCACUCCUUACCUUGCUAGGACAAAAAAUAAGAAAAAAUGAACAAAUAAGUGUGGGAAUGGCUUUUCAUUUUCUAGGUGACUAGAGGAGGGAUGCCUAAAGGAAGUGGGCUUUGUGAGCCAAACAUCACAACUACACCUGAGUGGGAGUGGAAGCAAACUGUAUGGGACAGGAGAGCCUACUGUAUAGCAGAACAAAAGACCAGCCUGAGAUCAUUGUUAUUCUAGCCGGUUAUGGGUUUCAUAACUACUGUAAAUGACUCAAUCAAUCAGACUACACUGUAGGCGUGUGUUCAAAGUCACUUAGUGGUAAUGGGUGUUUAUACCUGUAAGAGUAAUUAAAGGAACAUGGAGGGGUUGUUCAUAAGCUACUGGCACCUGCUAGUUAUUAGCACAUGCACAGAAAUAGAUGGCGAUUAAGAGGUAUAAUAAAGGAAUUUCAUAUAGCUCCUAGAUCGAACAAUUUGAAUGUUACAUUCACCCCUCUAUUCACCGUUGACAGUGGAAUUCCUAUUCCCUCACUUAGAUUUUCCAGUUCUUUAAUUCCCUCUCCAUUUUCCGUUGAAUACAUACAUUUGUGGUUGUCACAUCGAUUUGGUCCCUCAUCGUACAGUGCCAUUCCUUUUGGUUUGGUCCCUCAUCGUACAGUGCCAUUCCUUUUGGUUUGGAUCAUGCACCCUGUUUGCAUGUUGUUUAUUUGGCUAGCAUCAUAGACAUCUGCAUCCUACCCAACAAGGGUGUCUUUGCUGCUCUAGCCCAGCCCGUGCCAGUCUGCACACGUGUCUAGAUGGGUAUUCUUUCCUUUGGCGUUCUUGACCUAAUAUCACCCUUAAAACCUCAUAACCUUUUACUUUCCCAUUCGUCUGGUGUAGUAGUGUUGCCCUCUGCAGUUUGGGUUUUCCUUUUCCCAUUGCCGCCUCCUCUCAAAGUGAUUGUGUUUGGGUUUUUGUUUGAUUGUUGCCUCUGUUGGUUCAUGUGUUUUUUUUUUUGUCCGAAGGACUGAUCCUUUAACUUUCCAUUUUGGCAUCCUGUCAUUCAGUGCAUGGCUCAUGUCCUCCUAAUUAGCUUGGAUGGAAUCAUUUAGUUUCUUCUGAUCUGGUUGGACAAAUCAAAUUGCAGAGGACAUUAAAGACGCCUCCUAAUUGUUUUGAUACUACUACUCCUACUACUACUACUAAAUUUACUAAAACAAUCUGUUACUAAUACUACUGUUUGAAUCAAACCUGUAUGUUAUAACUGUACUAACAACCAUUUUUGUGUCUGACUCUCCCCUACUUACUAAAGUACUAACCGUUCACCCUCCAACUCCUUAACUGCCCAACACACAACAAAAGCUCCCUCUCUUCAUCCUUUAACACUUGUGAAUUAUCUCAAAAGAGUUCCCCCCCCCCCCCUCCUGUGACCCCUUGAGCUCCCUUUGCACCCCCCCCUCUCCUGGAUUAGCCCUCAGAGCGAAAGGCUCCAUAUUGAUGGCUGAAGACUUCAGGAUUAGGAUCUUUCACAAUAAAUUCAGUCACUGCUAGUUGUCCAGUCCAGCUGCCUGUCACCUGUAGGAGGAUUUCUCGCUGAACAGACCCCCUCUCUCUGCUCAGACCUUCAUAGCCCUACUUCAACCUGUCUUAGGGCGAGGCGUCAAAGGGUGUCAUCGUUGCAUGUGUGGCCUGUUGUUUGCGUUCACGGACCAAUGAAAAUCAUUAUCUUUGGAUAAUCUCUUUGAGAAGCAAUUAAUUUGCUCUGCCUCUAAUACUGUAUGUGAAAUGUUGAUUUAAUGCUGAUAACUAACGUUGGUUGAAAAUUGUCAAUGUGGACAUGAUGAUGUUUGCCUCUAGCAGUUAAAAACUAUGUUGAAGGUAAGUAGUAAGAAAUUAUCAACUUGAAGACCUGCACUUCAAUCAGGUAAGUGAUUUACUGUCAAGGUAAGAUUGUCAAUUUCUGUGCAUGAUUGCUAAGCCAAAAACACAUUUACAAUGUUGUCCACAAUGAAGGAACUAUUAGAAGUAGUUAGAAACUUGAAUGGGUAGCACCACCUCCAAACAGUGUGGAACGGACGAGUUACAGUAGUGACUACAGUAGUUCCAUCAUUACUUACUUUAGGCAUGAGUGGUUCACAGGUCGCUAUCCCUUUGAUACGUGGUGUGCAUGGGUUCACAGGUCGCUAUCCCUUUGAUACGUGGUGUGCAUGGGUUCACAGGUCGCUAUCCCUUUGAUACGUGGUGUGCAUGGGUUCACAGGUCGCUAUCCCUUUGAUACGUGGUGUGCAUGGGUUCACAGGUCGCUAUCCCUUUGAUACGUGGUGUGCAUGGGUUCACAGGUAGCUAUCCCUUUGAUACGUGGUGUGCAUGGGUUCACAGGUCGCUAUCCCUUUGAUACGUGGUGUGCAUGGGUUCACAGGUCGCUAUCCCUUUGAUACGUGGUUUGCAUGUGUUUCCAGGAACAUGUGGUUUAUACACUGUCUGUUGUUCCAACACCUUCCAUACUGGGAGUACACUGACUAAGCUGUCAGUAGACCCAUACUUUGAUACAGCCGCCCCAGUCCUACUAUCAAAGACCGCCUGCAAGGCUUGACUGACGCACUUUCCUAUGCAAGUAUGCAGUCCCCCUCUUACAUUUCCAGGAUUGGAGCUAUGCCAGACUAAAUCAAUGUAGGUAGUAGAGAAGCCACUGAGGGUGCUUCACCUGGUUUGCACUCUGACACUGUGUGUGUGUGUGUGUGUGUGUGUGUGUGUGUGUGUGUGUGUGUGUGUGUGUGUGUGUGUGUGUGUGUACUGUAGUUCAAAGGACACAGGCCCUCGUCCAGGCAGGCAGGCCCCUGAUGCUAACAUGAUGAGAGAGUAUCCAGUAGAGAACUCUCUGACGGUAACUCAGUGUCACAGAGCCCAUCAUGGUCAAUGAGCCAGUGACAUGCUCAGCCAAGCACACCACAGGUCCUGCUGUUAGAGCACAACGCUGAACUGCACUCUGUCUCCACUGGUCACCCGUAGCCAACCAAACACCUGGGCUGUAAAUGCAAUAUCCUGAGUUGGAAUAGACUAAGCUAGGAAUCCACAGUGUCGAUUUACCUCUUGGCUUACUAGCACAGAAUCGCAUGGUGUUUGGUUCACUGAUGGUUCACUGAUGGUGUUUGGUUCACUGAUGGUUCACUGAUGGUGUUUGGUUCACUGAUGUGGUCCUCUGUAGCUCAAUUGGUAGAGCAUGGCGCUUGUAACGCCAGGGUAGUGGGUUCGAUCCCCGGGACCACCCAUACAUAAAAAUGUAUGCGCACAUGACUGUAAGUCGCUUUGGAUAAAAGCGUCUGCUAAAUGGCAUAUUGUUAUUAUUUACUGAUGGUGUUUGGUUCACUGAUGUUAUUUGAUUCACUGAUGGUGUUUGGUUCACUGAUGGUGUUUGGUUCACUGAUGGUGUUUGGUUCACUGAUGGUGUUUGGUUCACUGGUGGUGUUUGGUUCAUUGAUAGUGUUUGGUUCAUUGAUGGUGUUUGGUUCAAUGAUGGUGUUUGGUUCACUGAUGGUGUUUGGGUCACUGAUGGUGUUUGGUUCACUGGUGGUGUUUGGUUGACUGGUGGUGUUUAGUUCACUGAUGGUUUGUGGUUCACUGACAGUGUGUGGUUCACUGAUGGUGUUUGGUUCACUGAUGGUGUUUGGUUCACUGAUGGUGUUUGGUUCACUGAUGGUGUUUGGUUCACUGAUGGUGUUUGGUUCACUGAUGGUGUUUCGUUCACUGAUGGUGUUUCGUUCACUGAUGGUGUUUGGUUCACUGACGGUUUGUGGUUCACUGAUGGUGUUUGGUUCACUGAUGGUAUUUGGUUCACUGAUGGUGUUUGGUUCACUGAUGGUGUUUGGUUCACUGGUGAUGUUUGGUUCACUGGUGGUUUGUGGUUCACUGAUGGUUUGUGGUUCACUGACUGUGUGUGGUUCACUGAUGGUGUUUGGUUCACUGAUGGUGUUUGGUUCACUGGUGGUGUUUGGUUCAUUGAUGGUGUUUGGUUCAUUGAUGGUGUUUGGUUCACUGAUGGUGUUUGGUUCACUGAUGGUGUUUGGUUCACUGGUGGUGUUUGGUUGACUGGUGGUGUUUGGUUGAAUGAUGGUUUGUGGUUCACUGACAGUGUGUGGUUCACUGACGGUGUUUGGUUCACUGAUGGUGUUUCGUUCACUGAUGGUGUUUGGUUCACUGAUGGUGUUUGGUUUACUGAUGGUGUUAGGUUCACUGAUGGUAUUUGGUUCACUGAUGGUGUUUGGUUCACUGAUGGUGUUUGGUUCACUGGUGAUGUUUGGUUCACUGGUGGUUUGUGGUUCACUGAUGGUUUGUGGUUCACUGACUGUGUGUGGUUCACUGAUGGUGUUUGGUUCACUGAUGGUGUUUGGUUCACUGGUGGUGUUUGGUUCAUUGAUGGUGUUUGGUUCAUUGAUGGUGUUUGGUUCACUGAUGGUGUUUGGUUCACUGAUGGUGUUUGGUUCACUGGUGGUGUUUGGUUCACUGAUGGUGUUUGGUUCACUGAUGGUGUUUGGUUCACUGGUGAUGUUUGGUUCACUGGUGGUUUGUGGUUCACUGAUGGUUUGUGGUUCACUGACUGUGUGUGGUUCACUGAUGGUGUUUGGUUCACUGAUGGUGUUUGGUUCACUGGUGGUGUUUGGUUCAUUGAUGGUGUUUGGUUCAUUGAUGGUGUUUGGUUCACUGAUGGUGUUUGGUUCACUGAUGGUGUUUGGUUCACUGGUGGUGUUUGGUUGACUGGUGGUGUUUGGUUGAAUAAUGGUUUGUGGUUCACUGACAGUGUGUGGUUCACUGACGGUGUUUGGUUCACUGAUGGUGUUUCGUUCACUGAUGGUGUUUGGUUCACUGAUGGUGUUUGGUUUACUGAUGGUGUUUGGUUCACUGAUGGUAUUUGGUUCACUGAUGGUGUUUGGUUCACUGAUGGUGUUUGGUUCACUGGUGAUGUUUGGUUCACUGGUGGUUUGUGGUUCACUGAUGGUUUGUGGUUCACUGACUGUGUGUGGUUCACUGAUGGUGUUUGGUUCACUGAUGGUGUUUGGUUCACUGGUGGUGUUUGGUUCAUUGAUGGUGUUUGGUUCAUUGAUGGUGUUUGGUUCACUGAUGGUGUUUGGUUCACUGAUGGUGUUUGGUUCACUGGUGGUGUUUGGUUGACUGGUGGUGUUUGGUUGAAUGAUGGUUUGUGGUUCACUGACAGUGUGUGGUUCACUGACGGUGUUUGGUUCACUGACGGUGUUUGGUUCACUGAUGGUGUUUCGUUCACUGAUGGUGUUUGGUUCACUGAUGGUGUUUGGUUUACUGAUGGUGUUUGGUUCACUGAUGGUGUUUGGAUUACUGACGGUUUGGUGUUUGGUUCACUGAUGGUGUUUGGUUCACAGACAUUUUGUGAUUCACUGAUGGUGUAUGGUUCACUGAUCUUGUUUGGUUCACUGAUGGUACUGAUGGAGUUUGGUUCACUGAUGGUAUUUGGUUUACUGGUGGUGUUUGGUUCACUGGUGGUGUUUGGUUCACUGAUGGUUUGUGGUUCACUGAUGGUUUGUGGUUCACUGACAGUGUGUGGUUCACUGUUGGUGUUUGGUUCACUGAUGGUGUUUGGUUCACUGACGUUUUGUGAUUCACUGAUGGUGUUUGGUUCACUGUGGAGUUUGGUUCACUGAUGGUAUUUGGUUCACUGAUGGUGUUUGGUUCACUGAUGGUUUUUGGUUCACUGACGGUUUGUGGUUCACUGAUGGUGUUUGGUUAAAUGAUGGUAUUUGGUUCACUGAUGGUGUUUGGUUCACUGAUGGUGUUUGGUUCACUGAUGGUGUUUGGUUCACUGAUGGUGUUUGGUUCACUGGUGGUGUUUGGUUGACUGGUGGUGUUUGGUUGAAUGAUGGUUUGUGGUUCACUGACAGUGUGUGGUUCACUGACGGUGUUUGGUUCACUGAUGGUGUUUCGUUCACUGAUGGUGUUUGGUUCACUGAUGGUGUUUGGUUUACUGAUGGUGUUUGGUUCACUGAUGGUAUUUGGUUCACUGAUGGUGUUUGGUUCACUGAUGGUGUUUGGUUCACUGGUGAUGUUUGGUUCACUGGUGGUUUGUGGUUCACUGAUGGUUUGUGGUUCACUGACUGUGUGUGGUUCACUGAUGGUGUUUGGUUCACUGAUGGUGUUUGGUUCACUGGUGGUGUUUGGUUCAUUGAUGGUGUUUGGUUCAUUGAUGGUGUUUGGUUCACUGAUGGUGUUUGGUUCACUGAUGGUGUUUGGUUCACUGGUGAUGUUUGGUUCACUGGUGGUUUGUGGUUCACUGAUGGUUUGUGGUUCACUGACUGUGUGUGGUUCACUGAUGGUGUUUGGUUCACUGAUGGUGUUUGGUUCACUGGUGGUGUUUGGUUCAUUGAUGGUGUUUGGUUCAUUGAUGGUGUUUGGUUCACUGAUGGUGUUUGGUUCACUGAUGGUGUUUGGUUCACUGGUGGUGUUUGGUUGACUGGUGGUGUUUGGUUGAAUGAUGGUUUGUGGUUCACUGACAGUGUGUGGUUCACUGACGGUGUUUGGUUCACUGAUGGUGUUUCGUUCACUGAUGGUGUUUGGUUGACUGAUGGUGUUUGGUUUACUGAUGGUGUUUGGUUCACUGAUGGUAUUUGGUUCACUGAUGGUGUUUGGUUCACUGAUGGUGUUUGGUUCACUGGUGAUGUUUGGUUCACUGGUGGUUUGUGGUUCACUGAUGGUUUGUGGUUCACUGACUGUGUGUGGUUCACUGAUGGUGUUUGGUUCACUGAUGGUGUUUGGUUCACUGGUGGUGUUUGGUUCAUUGAUGGUGUUUGGUUCAUUGAUGGUGUUUGGUUCACUGAUGGUGUUUGGUUCACUGAUGGUGUUUGGUUCACUGGUGGUGUUUGGUUGACUGGUGGUGUUUGGUUGAAUGAUGGUUUGUGGUUCACUAACAGUGUGUGGUUCACUGACGGUGUUUGGUUCACUGACGGUGUUUGGUUCACUGAUGGUGUUUCGUUCACUGAUGGUGUUUGGUUCACUGAUGGUGUUUCGUUCACUGAUGGUGUUUGGUUCACUGAUGGUGUUUGGUUUACUGAUGGUGUUUGGUUCACUGAUGGUGUUUGGAUUACUGACGGUUUGGUGUUUGGUUCACUGAUGGUGUUUGGUUCACAGACAUUUUGUGAUUCACUGAUGGUGUAUGGUUCACUGAUCUUGUUUGGUUCACUGAUGGUACUGAUGGAGUUUGGUUCACUGAUGGUAUUUGGUUUACUGGUGGUGUUUGGUUCACUGGUGGUGUUUGGUUCACUGAUGGUUUGUGGUUCACUGAUGGUUUGUGGUUCACUGACAGUGUGUGGUUCACUGUUGGUGUUUGGUUCACUGAUGGUGUUUGGUUCACUGACGUUUUGUGAUUCACUGAUGGUGUUUGGUUCACUGUGGAGUUUGGUUCACUGAUGGUAUUUGGUUCACUGAUGGUGUUUGGUUCACUGAUGGUUUUUGGUUCACUGACGGUUUGUGGUUCACUGAUGGUGUUUGGUUAAAUGAUGGUAUUUGGUUCACUGAUGGUGUUUGGUUCACUGAUGGUGUUUGGUUCAUUGAUGGUGUUUGGUUCACUGAUGGUGUUUGGUUCACUGGUGGUGUUUGGUUGACUGGUGGUGUUUGGUUGAAUGAUGGUUUGUGGUUCACUGACAGUGUGUGGUUCACUGACGGUGUUUGGUUCACUGAUGGUGUUUCGUUCACUGAUGGUGUUUGGUUCACUGAUGGUGUUUGGUUUACUGAUGGUGUUUGGUUCACUGAUGGUAUUUGGUUCACUGAUGGUGUUUGGUUCACUGAUGGUGUUUGGUUCACUGGUGAUGUUUGGUUCACUGAUGGUUUGUGGUUCACUGAUGGUUUGUGGUUCACUGACUGUGUGUGGUUCACUGAUGGUGUUUGGUUCACUGAUGGUGUUUGGUUCACUGGUGGUGUUUGGUUCAUUGAUGGUGUUUGGUUCAUUGAUGGUGUUUGGUUCACUGAUGGUGUUUGGUUCACUGGUGGUGUUUGGUUCACUGAUGGUGUUUGGUUCACUGAUGGUGUUUGGUUCACUGGUGAUGUUUGGUUCACUGGUGGUUUGUGGUUCACUGAUGGUUUGUGGUUCACUGACUGUGUGUGGUUCACUGAUGGUGUUUGGUUCACUGAUGGUGUUUGGUUCACUGGUGGUGUUUGGUUCAUUGAUGGUGUUUGGUUCAUUGAUGGUGUUUGGUUCACUGAUGGUGUUUGGUUCACUGAUGGUGUUUGGUUCACUGGUGGUGUUUGGUUGACUGGUGGUGUUUGGUUGAAUGAUGGUUUGUGGUUCACUGACAGUGUGUGGUUCACUGACGGUGUUUGGUUCACUGAUGGUGUUUCGUUCACUGAUGGUGUUUGGUUCACUGAUGGUGUUUGGUUCACUGGUAUUUGGUUCAUGGUGUUUGGUUCACUGAUGGUGUUUGGUUCACUGGUGAUGUUUGGUUCACUGGUGGUUUGUGGUUCACUGAUGGUUUGUGGUUCACUGACUGUGUGUGGUUCACUGAUGGUGUUUGGUUCACUGAUGGUGUUUGGUUCACUGGUGGUGUUUGGUUCAUUGAUGGUGUUUGGUUCAUUGAUGGUGUUUGGUUCACUGAUGGUGUUUGGUUCACUGAUGGUGUUUGGUUCACUGGUGGUGUUUGGUUGACUGGUGGUGUUUGGUUGAAUGAUGGUUUGUGGUUCACUAACAGUGUGUGGUUCACUGACGGUGUUUGGUUCACUGACGGUGUUUGGUUCACUGAUGGUGUUUCGUUCACUGAUGGUGUUUGGUUCACUGAUGGUGUUUGGUUUACUGAUGGUGUUUGGUUCACUGAUGGUGUUUGGAUUACUGACGGUUUGGUGUUUGGUUCACUGAUGGUGUUUGGUUCACAGACAUUUUGUGAUUCACUGAUGGUGUAUGGUUCACUGAUCUUGUUUGGUUCACUGAUGGUACUGAUGGAGUUUGGUUCACUGAUGGUAUUUGGUUUACUGGUGGUGUUUGGUUCACUGGUGGUGUUUGGUUCACUGAUGUUUGUGGUUCACUGAUGGUUUGUGGUUCACUGACAGUGUGUGGUUCACUGUUGGUGUUUGGUUCACUGAUGGUGUUUGGUUCACUGACGUUUUGUGAUUCACUGAUGGUGUUUGGUUCACUGUGGAGUUUGGUUCACUGAUGGUAUUUGGUUCACUGAUGGUGUUUGGUUCACUGAUGGUUUUUGGUUCACUGACGGUUUGUGGUUCACUGAUGGUGUUUGGUUAAAUGAUGGUAUUUGGUUCACUGAUGGUGUUUGGUUCACUGAUGGUGUUUGGUUCACGAUGGUGUUUGGUUCACUGGUGGUGUUUGGUUCACUGGUGGUGUUUGGUUCACUAAUGGUUUGUGGUUCACUGAUGGUUUGUGGUUAACUGACAGUGUGUGGUUCACUGAUGGAGUUUGGUUCACUGAUGGUAUUUGGUUCACUGAUGGAGUUUGGUUCACUGAUGGUAUUUGGUUCACUGGUGGUGUUUGGUUCACUGGUGGUGUUUGGUUGACUGGUGGUGUUUGGUUCACUAAUGGUUUGUGGUUCACUGAUGGUUUAUUGUUAACUGACAGUGUGUGGUUCACUGAUGGUGUUUGGUUCACUGACGGUGUUUGGUUCAUUGAUGGUGUUUGGUUCAUUGAUGGUGUUUGGUUCAUUGAUGGUGUUUGGUUCACUGAUGUUGUUUGGUUCACUAAUGUUGUUUGGCUCACUGGUGGUGUUUGGUUCGCUGAUGGUUUGUUGUUCACUGCCAGUGUGUGGUUCACUGAUGGCGUUUGGUUCUCUGAUGGUGUUUGGUUCACUGAUGGUGUUUGGUUCACUGAUUGUGUUUGGUUCACUGACUGUUUGGUGUUUGGUUCACUGAUGGUGUUUGGUUCACUGGUGGUGUUUGGUUAACUGACAGUGUGUGGUUCACUGAUGGUGUUUGGUUCAUUGAUGGUGUUUGGUUCACUGAUGGUUUGUUGUUCACUGAUCAUGUUUUGUUCACUGAUGGUGUUUUGGUGUUUGGUUCACUGAUGUUAUGUGAUUACCUGAUGGUGUUUGGUUCACUGAUGGUGUUUGGUUCAUUGAUGGUUUGUGGUUCACUGAUGGUUUGUGGUUCACUGAUGGUGUUUGGUUCAUUUACGGUUUUUGGUUCACUGGUGGUGUUUGGUUCAUUGAUGGUUUGUCGUUCACUGAUGGUUUCUUGUUCACUGAUGGUUUGUGGUUCACUGAUGGUGUUUGGUUCACUGAUGGUGUUUGGUUCACUGAUGGUGUUUGGUUCAUUGACGGUUUUUGGUUCACUGGUGGUGUUUGGUUCAUUGAUGGUUUGUGGUUCACUGUUGGUUUGUGGUUCACUGAUGGUUUGUGGUUCACUGACAGUGUGUGGUUCACUGAUGGUGUUUGGUUCAUUUGAUGGUGUUUGGUUCAAUGAUGGUGUUUGGUUCACUGAUGGUGUUUGGUUCACUGGUGGUGUUUGGUUCACUGGUGGUGAUUGGUUCACUGAUGGUUUGUGGUUCAUUUACAUUUUCACAUUUGUCAUUUAGCAGACGCUCUUAUCCAGAGCGACUUACAGUUAGUGAAUACAUAUCUUUUUAUACUGGCCCCCCGUGGGAAUCGAACCCACAACCCUGGCGUUGCAAAUGCCAUGCUCUAUCAACUAAGCUACAUCCCUGCCGGCCAUUCCCUCCCCUACCCUGGACGACGCUGGGCCAAUUGCGCGAUGCCCCAUGGGUCUCCCGGUCGCGGCCGGCUACGACAGAGCCUGGAUUCGAACCAGGAUCUCUAGUGGCACAGUUAGCACUGCGAUGCAGUGCCUUAGACCACUGCGCCACUCGGGAGACUGACCACUGCAGUCGCACCAGUCCCCCCUCAGCAAGGAGGUAAUGGGAGCCACUACCUGACCAAAGCCCCGGAUAAACCUCUGGUAGUAGUUGGAAAACCCUAAGAACCGCUGCACCUCCUUUACCGCGGUUGGAGUCGGCCAAUUACGCACGGCUGAAAUGUGGUCAUUCUCCAUCUCCACCCCUGACGUGGAUAGCCGGUACCCUAGGAAGGAGACGGACUGUUGGAAGAAAAUACAUUUCUCAGCCUUGACGUACAGGUCAUGCUCCAACAGUCAACCAAGCACCUUGCGCACCAGGGACACAUGCUCGGCGCGUGUAGCGGAGUAUAUUAGAAUGUCAUCUAUAUACACCACUACACCCUGCCCGUGCAGGUCCCUGAAUAUCUAGUCCCGUGCAAUGACUCUGUCACAUUGGCUAUGAGAGGCAGUGGGUAACUGUACUUCACAGUGAUCUGAUUUAGACCUCGAUAUUCAAUGCACGGGCGUAAACCUCCAUCCUUCACAAAAAAAUUAACUUGAGGAGGCAGGUGAAGUGGAAGGCCAAAUGUAUCCCUGUCCCAGAGAUUGUGAGAAAUAUGUUUCCAUAGCCACCGUCUCCUCCUGAGACAGAGGAUGCACGUGACUCCUGGGAAGUGCUGUGCCUACCUGGAGAUUUAUCGCACAAUCCCCCUGUCGAUGGGGUGGUAGUUGAGUCGCAUUCUUUUUACAGAAGGCGAGAGCCAAAUCGGUAUAUUCGGGGGGAAUGUGCAUAGUGGAGACCUGGUUCGGACUCUCCACCAUAGUUGCACCUAUGGAAACACCUACACACUUCCCUGAGCACUGACGUGACCAUCCCUUGAGAGCCCUCUGUUGCCACGAAAUAGUGGGGUCAUGAGAGGCCAACCAGGGAAGCCCCAACACCACAGGAAACGCAGGAGAAUCGAUCAGGAAGAAACUAAUUCUCUCCUCAUGACCCUCCUGUGUUUUCAUCCAUAGUGGAGCUGUGACCUCCCUAAUCAGGCCCGACCUUAAAGGACGACAAUCUAAGGCAUGUACAGGGAAGGGCACAUCAACAGGAACAAUAGGGAUCCCUAAUCUACGUGCAAAUGAACGGUCAAUAAAGUUCCCAGCUGCACCUGAAUCUACUAGCACCUUAUGCUGGGAAGGCGGGGAAAACUCAGGAAAUUCUAUGCAUACACACAUGUGCGCAACAGGGAGCUCUGGGUGAGUCGGGUGCCUACUCACCUGGGAUGAUCCACCAGUGCCCUGCCUGCUGCCUCAACUCCCUGGGGAACCUCCCCAGCCCCGACCAGCAGUGUGCCCUCUGCGGCCACAGUUGGUGCAGGAAACGCCCCCCCCCUCCGGUCACCCUUAGAGCAGCACCUCCGAGCUCCAUAGGGGUAGGGUCGGAGGUGCUGGGGAAUGGAAUGGACGGACCCUGACCUGGACGUCCGCGGGUGGCCAACAGGUUAUCCAGCCGUAUAGAUAAAUCCACCAGCUGGUCGAGGGUAAGGGUGGUGUCCCUGCAUGCCAGCUCCCGACGAAUGUCCUCAUGUAGACAACACCGGUAAUGGUCAAUCAAGGCCCUCUCAUUCCAUCCCGCGCUGGCAUCCAAGGUCUUGAAGUCCAGUGUGAAGUUUUGUGCGCUCCUCUUCCCCUGUCUGAGGUGGAACAAGCGUUCCCCCGCCGCUCUCCCCUCAGGUGGAUGAUCGAAGACCGCCCGGAAGCGCUGGCCCACUCAAUCGCUCUCCCCGACAGACAGGAGAUGAGGGAGGACACGCUCUCGUAUCCCGAGGGAGCCGGGUGGAUGGUUGCCAGGUAGAGCUCCACCUGGAGCAGGAACCCCUGGCACCCGGCAGCCGUCCCAUCAUAUGCCCUCGGGAGCGAGAGACGAAUCCCACUGGGUCCAGGUGACGGAGGGGUGGACAUCGGUGAGGGUUGAUCUGAAGUUGAUGGGGUUGUGGGAAAAACCCCUCUCUCCCAUCGCUCCAUGGUCUGCAACAUGCGAUCCAUGGCUGUGCCAAGAUUCUGGAGCAUCGUCGCGUGCUGCUGGACGCGCUCCUCCACUGGUACCGGAGGACUGGAUGCACCUGCUGACUCCAUGUGGGGUGCGUGUUUCUGUCAAGUGUCAAUGUGCAGCGGUAGGACGGAGUCAGGCGCAGGACACAGAACUGAGUAAACGACGUACUUUACUCCAAAAAAAUAAACAACACUAAUUUCCACGCAGGGAAAACACCCCAGCUCACAUAAGUCUUGGACCCAAAACAAAGAACAAACACGCACAAAACCAUGUGGGAACCAAGGGGUUAAAUAGGGAAAUAAUAUAAUGUAAUGGGAACCAGGUAUGUACAAUCAAGACAAAACAAAUGGAAAAAGAAACGUAGAUCGGUGGUAGCUAGAAAGCCGGUGACGACAACCGCCGAACGCCGCCCGAACAAGGAGAGGCACCAACUUCGGCGGAAGUCGUGACACCCUGAUAAAAUAAAGGUUAAAUAAAUACAAUUGUCUCCUGCUGUAUAAUAGGAUACGUGAGGAAAUGUAAGGCUGAUGGCACUGCUAGAAAGCUACCCUGCCAGACUUCAGUAGGAUAACUACACUAAACAUUACACCAAUUCUGUGUUAACAUUUAAAGAUGAUGUACCAUUUAGUAGUUUAUUUUAGAUGUAAAAUCGAAGAAAAAAAAAAAUACAACGACCCACUCCAUUUACCCAUUAUUAAGAGUGCAUUCAUUGUCUGCUUUUUCAGAAAUCAAUGGUAAAAGGGCAAUGGCUUCGAGCGUAUGGUGCAGCUCUGGGGGAAUUGGCUUCACUGAUUCUGCCCUCUCCUUGUUCCUUCUAAGUACCUGCAUGAAGAAACCUGAUCAUACAGUAUGUAUCUCGGAUUAGAGCGAAUAGUUUUAAAGCGACUGGAUCGGUUCACUGACCCAGUAUACACAGUAUAAUGGAUUGUCAUUGCUAUGAUCUGGAUACAAUCCUUUCAUGUUGACAGAGAGGAAAAGCGGAAGCUCAGGAGUCAAUAAAACCCUUCACAAACCCCCAUCUCUCUCAUCCUCAGCCUGUAUCCUUGAUCCCCAUGUGAUCUUAGUGGUAUUACCUUGUAGUCACUGUUGCCUUGACACAUCCUGUCUCGUGCCGUGCCAGGUGUUACCUCUAAAGCGUGUCCCUAAGCCUCCAGCAUCAGGUUGCAGCCAUGAGGACAUGAUCCAGACCUCGUAUGUGUAUUCUUUCAUUAUGGGUAGUCAGCUGAAGACAGGUUAGUCUUUCAUCAUGGGUAGUCAGCUGAAGACAGGUUAGUCUUUCAUCAUGGGUAGUCAGCUGAAAACAAGUUAGUAUUUCAUUAUGGGUAGUCAGCUGAAGACAGGUUAGUCUUUCAUCAUGGGUAGUCAGCUGAAAACAGGUUAGUCUUUCAUCAUGGGUAGUCAGCUGAAGACAGGUUAGUCUUUCAUCAUGGGUAGUCAGCUGAAGACAAGUUAGUAUUUCAUUAUGGGUAGUCAGCUGAAGACAAGUUAGUAUUUCAUUAUGGGUAGUCAGCUGAAGACAAGUUAGUCUUUCAUCAUGGGUAGUCAGCUGAAGACAGGUUAGUCUUUCAUCAUGGGUAGUCAGCUGAAAACAGGCUAGUCUUUCAUCAUGGGUAGUCAGCUGAAGACAAGUUAGUAUUUCAUUAUGGGUAGUCAGCUGAAGACAAGUUAGUAUUUCAUUAUGGGUAGUCAGCUGAAGACAAGUUAGUCUUUCAUCAUGGGUAGUCAGCUGAAGACAGGUUAGUCUUUCAUCAUGUGUAGUCAGCUGAAGACAGGUUAGUCUUUCAUCAUGGGUAGUCAGCUGAAGACAGGUUAGUCUUUCAUCAUGGGUAGUCAGCUGAAGACAAGUUAGUAUUUCAUUAUGGGUAGUCAGCUGAAGACAAGUUAGUAUUUCAUCAUGGGUAGUCAGCUGAAGACAGGUUAGUAUUUCAUCAUGGGUAGUCCGCUGAAGACAAGUUAGUCUUUCAUCAUGGGUAGUCAGCUGAAGACAAGUUAGUAUUUCAUCAUGGGUAGUCAGCUGAAGACAGGUUAGUCUUUCAUCAUGGGUAGUCAGCUGAAAACAGGUUAGUCUUUCAUCAUGGGUAGUCAGCUGAAGACAAGUUAGUAUUUCAUUAUGGGUAGUCAGCUGAAGACAGGUUAGUCUUUCAUCAUGGGUAGUCAGCUGAAAACAGGUUAGUCUUUCAUCAUGGGUAGUCAGCUGAAGACAGGUUAGUCUUUCAUCAUGGGUAGUCAGCUGAAGACAAGUUAGUAUUUCAUUAUGGGUAGUCAGCUGAAGACAAGUUAGUAUUUCAUUAUGGGUAGUCAGCUGAAGACAGGUUAGUCUUUCAUCAUGGGUAGUCAGCUGAAAACAGGUUAGUCUUUCAUUAUGGGUAGUCAGCUGAAGACAAGUUAGUAUUUCAUUAUGGGUAGUCAGCUGAAGACAAGUUAGUAUUUCAUUAUGGGUAGUCAGCUGAAGACAGGUUAGUCUUUCAUCAUGGGUAGUCCGCUGAAGGCAUGUACCCCUUUUAUUAUAGGUAGUCAGCUGAAGGCAGGUUAGUCUUUCAGAAAUUUGAUAGUCAGCCUUUCAGAAAUUGAAAUUCAGACGUUAUUGAUCCAUUAACAAGCACACAGAGAACGUCAAUCGCCAUACAGAGUUAUUCGAUCAAGGCCAAGCUUGGAUGAGAGGGUGUGUGUGUGUGUGUGUGUGUGUGUGUGUGUGUGUGUGUGUGUGUUUACAUGCACAGCAUUGUGUGUGUGUUGUCUGAGAAAGAUAGAAAUAAAGGAUAGUGACAGGUUGCAUGACAGGUGAUGAGUUCAGACUGUGGUUGCGACGAUGGUGAAUGUUCCAUCUCCUUUUAGGUCAGGCAGAGAGAGGGGCUGACUACACUGUGUAAGAAAGAGCUGUUGGAUUCCAGACAUAUGGACAUUCAGAAAUACAAACAAAGAAAGGCCCAAGAGCAAUAUCCAGGCACAUUCUCUCUAGUACUAUUUAAAAUGAUGUGAUUUGUAUUAUUUGUGAAAGAUUAGAAACCUCGAAAUCAAAUAUGUGCAGACAUUCUGGGGCUGUUGUUUCUCCAGAUUCCCCAGCCUACUGUCUAGCUCUGGAGCAUCUGAGGCAACUAGGGAUUUUGAACCAGCAGCGAGCUGUGAUGUCAUCAUCACCAGUUAGUCUCAGGCCAGUGGAUGAUGAUGCAACCACAAGCAACAUCAGGCCAGACAAUAAUAUUCUGUUGAGCUGAAGACUGAGGCAAAACCUACUGUACCGUCCUCAAUAGCCCUAAAGCUUAAUAUUCUGUAGACAAUUGCUCUGGCCAAAAGCCAGAUCCCCUGAUUCAACUGAAUGUCUUGUCACCUGGACAAAUGGAGAUAACCAAAUUGGAACAAUUAGCAGCAUAACACAUUUAGGUAGAUUGCCAGUACACAGUAUUUUUUUUAAAGAUAAUUGAAUGGAGACUACAAUGAAACUACUUCUUGUUACUUGCAUGAAUGUGUGUCAAUGGGUGAUCUGAGAGGUUCAGUAUACAGAGGGGCAGGCAGAACGGAGAGAGAGAGGGAGAGAAAGAGAGAGGGAUUGGGCCAAAAUCAGUGCUAAUCUCCAAUGUUCUUCUUUCAGCUGUAAAAUGCUGUAAAAUGUAAUCCUCACAGGUGGCUGGCAGCUGGCUGACUCUCCCUCCAUUAAUGGCCCUCUAAUGAUGUUAACUACUGGACCCAGUGCCAGGCUAGCGUAGCGCUGCACUGACAACCACCACACAGCUAAAUAACACAGGGCCCGCUGCCAAACCUGCCUUAAUUGCUGCAGUUGGUAUCUUAUUCUGUCCCGGAAAGGGGUUCAAAUAGCGUUUCAUGCGGUGCCCUGAUUUUCUGGACUAUAGCAGCCAAGAAGAGGCUGUGUUGUUCGUGGAGUGAGAACUCAAUUGCGAUGGAUCCUUGGUUUUGUAUUAGCGUGUGUCAAACUCACUCGUACUUCGAAUCCAGUGGAGACUGCUAAGGGGAGGACGGCUCAUAAUAAUGGCUGGAACAGAGCAAAUGGAAUGGCAUCAAACACAUGGAAACCAUGUGUUUGAUGUAUUUAAUAGCAUUUCACUUAUUCCGCGCCAGCCAUUACCACAAGCCUGUCCUCUCCAAUUAAGGUGCCACCAACUUCCUGUGUUGGAAUCACUUGGGCCAGUUGGGCUGUGAUGCUUCUCGAAAGACUGAUAGCCGGUAACGUUGACCCUACUCCCUUCUCCCCCCUCAGUCUCCUCCCCCCACAGGAUUCCUCCCCCCACAGGACCCCUCCCCAAUCCAGAGAAGUUGCCCUCAGGCGAACAUAUCGACAGCCCUGCACCCCAGGAUGACCAGGGAUGUGCCCAACUCCACCUCCACCACCUCCUCUUCCACGUCUCCUAUAAACACAACCAAAACUGGCCUCUAUGUAUUCUCCUCAAGUAGUGACAGCAGACAUAAAAAUGGGUUGCCCUGUUUCGAGGGAAGUACGUCAAAAAAAAAAAAAAAAAGACCAAAUAAAAAGGAAUAGCCGAGCGCUCAGCUGGGGACGAGACAUUUGGAGUGCAGUUGUUGUCAGGGUUCUUUUCAAGACCUCAAAAGAAUGAGGCACCAUGGUUUUCACUUUCAACUCAGGCAUAUUUGUAGAAUUUUUUCAUGAAAUGGAAAUAGAUGUUUUGCUUUGCUGGUAUUCACAGUUUGGUACUCAACUGGUCUGUUAUUGAUUGUGAUGAGGGAAAACCGUUAUUAUAAAGCAGUCAGUUGCCAGUCAAGGUUGAGUUAUCUGUAUGGAGCUGUUUAAAGUAUUUGAUUGCUGAAUAAAUCUUUUGAUGUAAUAUUUUCUACAGAAUACAAUGUAAUGUAAGUGAACAUUUUCGUAGGCUACAUUUAAUCUAAAUUGGUAGAAAAAAAUUACAUUUGUAACUAUCCACAAAACCGAUUCAAUAGAUACUCAAAAUCAACCUACAGGUAAGGGAGAGUGGGGUAAGUUGAGCCAUUUUUUACAUUCAGCAUCACUCCCUCAAAGGAAAUAUAGUAUUCUUUCUAACAAAGAUAUCUACAUAGAUAUACAGUACAUUCAGAAAAUAUUCAUACCCCUUGACUUAUUCCACAUUUUGUUUUUACAGCCUGAAUUCAAAAUUGAUUAACUUGAUUUUUUUUCUCGCCCUGUCUACACACAAUACCCCAUAAUGACUAAGUGAAAACAUGUUUUUUGAAAGGUUUGUAAAUUCAUUGUAAAUGAAAAACAGAAAUAUCUCAUUUACGUAAGUAUUCACACCCGAGUCAAUACUUUGUAGAAGCAGCUUUGGCGGCGAUUACAACUUUGAGUCAUCUUGGGUAUGACUGUAUCAGCUUUGCACAUCUGGAUUUGGGGAUUUUCUCCCAUUCUUCCUUGCAGAUAUUCUCAAGCUCUGUUAAGUUAGAUAGGGAGUGGAGGUGAACAGCAAUAUUCAAGUCUUUCCACAGAUUUUCAAUGGGAUUCAAGUCUGGGCUUUGGCUGGGCCACUCAAGGACUUUCACAUUCUUGUUCUGGAGCCAUUCCAGCAUUGCUUUGGCUGUAUGAUUGGGAUCAUUGUCCUGUUGGAAUGUAAAUAUUGGCCCAAUACUAAGGCUGUUUGCACUCUGAAGCAGGUUCCUGUCAAGGAUUUGCCUGUAUUUGGCUCCAUUCUAUCCUUACCAGUCUCCCAGUCUCUGGCGCUGAAAAGCAUCCCCAUAGCAUUAUGCUGCCACCACCACACUUCACAGUAGGGAUGGUGUUAGACAGGUGAUGAGCUGUGCCUGGUUUUCUCCAGACAUAGCGCUUUGCAUUCAGGCCAAAGAGUUAAAUGUUUGUCUUAUCAGACCACAGAAUCUUUUGACUUAUGAUCUCAGAGUCUUUCACAUGCCUUUUUGCAAACUCCAGGCGUGCUGUAAUACGUAUUUUUCUCAGGAGUGGCUUCCGUCUGGCUAAGCUCCCAUAAAGCCCAGAUUGGUGAAGUUCUGUAGAGAGAGUUGUCCUUCUGGCAGGUUCUCCCAUCUCAGCCAAGGAACUCUGUAGUUCUGUCAGAGUGGUCAUUGAGUUCUUGGUCACCUCCCUGACCAAUGUCCUUCUUGCUCAGUUGGUCAAUUUGGUCGGACUGCCAGCUCUAGGCAGAGUCUGGGUAGUUCCAUAUUUUUGAUGGAGACCACUGUGCUCUUGGAAACUUCUAGAAAUUGUUCUAUACACUUCCCCAGAUAAAUAUCUCUGAGAUCUAAGGACAGUUCCUUUGGAAUUCAUGGUACUGUUUCUGCUAUGACAUGGUAUGGUUUCUGCUCUGACAUCCACUAUCCAUUGUGGGACUUUAUAUAGAGGUGUGUUUCUUUCUAAAUCAUGUCCAAACAGUUAAAUUGGCCACAGGUGGACUCCAAUCAAGUUGUAGUGACAUCUGAAGGAUGAUCAAAGGAAAUUGGAUGCACCUGAGCUCAAUUUGGAGUGUCAUAGCAAAGGGGUGUGAAUACUUACAGUAUGUAAAUUAGAUUUCUGUAUUUCCUUUUCAAUACAUGAGGCAAAGAUUUCAAAAAACACAUCACUUUGUCAUUAUGGGGUAUUGUGUGUAGAUGAGUGAGAUAUAUAUGUUUGAAUUCAGGCUGGGCAUGCCUAUCUACAAGCAUUUCACUGCACCUGCUAUAACAUCUGCAAAGCCGUGUUAGCGACCAAUAAACUUUGAGUUGAUUUGACAUAUAUUUCAGGAUGUUGUGUAUCCCUGGAAAUAAUCGGAUUUAAUGUAAACAUUACAGUUAUAAAAACAUAGCUUGUCCAAAACAAAGUGGUCUUUUGGCAAAACUUACCCCAGGUAUGGGGUAAAUUGAGCCGCGGGACAGGGUAAAUUAAGCCACCUACAAAUGUAUGUACUGAACGAAAUAUUACCACUACCUUUUUAAAACCAUGUCUAUCUUUAUUUCCCAAACACAAUUCAACACAUUCAUUUAAAGGAUAUUUUAAUACAGGCUUAACACCUAACAAACGCUUUGUACUUUUUAAAAUCCCUUUUAAGAUAGGCCCUGUUGUUACCUUAUAUCCCAGAGAUAACGCCUUGCAUUACACCUGGGAAGAAAACACUUCAAUUUGCUCAACUUGCCAUUGGCUCAACCAUUGGCUCAACCUACCCCAUGGCCAUUGGCUCAAUUUACCCCAAGGCGAACAUUUAGACUAUAUUAGCCCCAACAGCUACAAGGAUGCACUUUCAUACUAGGUUAUGAAGCUUAUAGAGACCCCAACUGAUGUAUAGAGCAAUCUUAAAAGUAUCUACUUUGGUUUAGAUACAAGCAUCAUGAAACCUCUAACACAAUACAUUAAUUUGACUUGGUGAAAAUCCGUUUUUAGGACCUAACUUGCUUACCACGUUUUCCUUCACAGACUCCAUGAAAUUAUGACCUCUACCAAAUUUUUUCUCUCCAAAUGAUUAAUUUUGUGUAUGGUUUUCUAGAAACAACGGAGGCUCAACUUACCCCACUCUCCCCUACUGUAUUAAAAUAGAAAAUAAAGAAGAAAAUAAUUGUCUGUUUUCUAUCACCUCCAAACAGCCUGGAUAAGAGAACAGUGAGUCCCAAACUACGCAGACACCCAGUAUGAAGCAUUUGUACUGUGGAAUUGCAAUGUUAUUCAUUGCAAUGUUAUUCCAGAGCAGGGCUGUUGGUUUGUGUGUAGUUCAGUGUGUAUGUGGAUCAACAGAUGAGAGCAUCGUAGGGACUCCAUCCAGGACUGUUAGUAUAAUUACACUAUCAAUUAAAUUAGUAUCGGACUGGAUCAGAUCCAAAUCAAAUCAGGUCCAAAUCAAGUCACUUGGCAAGACACUGGUCUAUUUCCACAAAACUCCUGGCAAACACAGUCACAGUGUUCCUCAGUCAUCAAAACAUUCAUUAUUAUAAUGGGUGGACAUUCAAUUAUAAACACCACAUCUAAUGUAUAAACCGUUACAAGGCAAAUGGCGUAUUUUUAUCUAUUCACAUCACAUAGGAACUUCAAUUGGACAGAUUUCAUGUCUGAUUUCCUCCCCCACCCUGAGUAGUCUGGAGCUAAGACGGAGCCUGGUGUUACAUGUUAAAGAGUCCCUCUCUCAUCUCAACUCUGCAAUAAUCAAAUUAAGGUCAACUGACAGUGACUCUGAACUGAAGGAUACUCUGGUGUCUUGGAAAUACUAAUGAAUAGACCCAGAACUUAACAUUCUGUAGACAGAGUGCAUGAAUAUGUCUACGCGCCUGGUGCCUUUCUGUCAAAAACGGACAAUCUUCCCCCGAAGGGCCUGAGGGAGCCUUUAAAACAGACGGUUGACACCUUUUACGUUCCAUGAAAGGAAAACAAAGGUGUGUUUCUCUUCUCAGUCGGUGCUAUCUCCCCUCCAUCAGGUUUCUGCCAGUGGACGUUUGAUUCAGCCUGGUGGUUUCCACUCUGUCAGUGAUCAAAGAUGCUGCUCGCAACCGUAACCUCACACAAAAGACACGACUUUUGGCAAUUAAAUAUGAAAAUAAAGUUAUUUUUAUCCCCCGAUUCUCUUGAUUGAGGUUAUGUUCGACUGGGAACGCAGACAGAAUAGUCAAGCAUUGAGGUUUAUCAGUUGUUUGACUCUGCAAGGGCAUGCAUUUAACAAUGUGUGGAUAUUAUCAGUGAUUAAUAUGCCCUUGAGACCUGUUAUUAGAGAGUGAAAACAGCGCCGUCCUUGUGGUCAACCCCAGCAACUGCAUUCCCAAAGCGACUCCCCUCUGAGCUGCACAAACGCGACCAAUCGAUAACGAGUAACGUCCCACCGUAGGGGACAGACCCGCUUACCGCCAGUGUUUAAUCCAACUUCUUCCUUUCCUUUCCUUUCCUUUCCCACUCCUCUACUCUUUCUCUUUUCUCUCUCUCCAUCUAUCUAUCCCUCUCUACCUACCUGUGUCUGUUGGGCCGUGCCCGUACCAGGUGACCAUAUCAGUGGAUGGUAUUUUGACCACUACUGGGUUAUACCCAGGAGGACUACACCAUGUUGGGCUCAGAUGACUUCUUCUACAUUGGGGGGAGUCCCAAUACUGCGGACCUGCCCGGAUCACCCGUCAGCAACAACUUCAUGGGCUGCCUCAAAGACGUGAGUGUCUCUCUGCUUCAGUACUGAGGAUCGAGAGGGGAAUCAGAAACACACAUACACCCACACACACACACAUACAAACAUCCACACACGCACAGACAUGUACACACACACAAACACACACACACACUGACUCAUAUUUGCUCGCGUACACAAACUGUCCACAGAUGUAAUGUGGGCUAGUGUGUUUGUGUGUGUGUGUGUGAGAGGGAGAGAGAGUAGGAGGUGUCAGACAGGCUUUUAGAUGCAUCAUAAUUCCUCCUAUAAACAGGCUGGAUAUUUUCUCAGGGAAGCUAAGUUAUUCUCCUAACUCUGGGAGGAAAUAUACUGAUAAAUCACCAUAGUUGGUAUGAAAUAAUUGUCCUCCCCAAUAAGGCUCCAAGCCACAAUUUAACAAGCUGAGAAGAGGACCACUCCAAUUAAAUGACUUAUUAAAUCAGAUAAUCUUUAUAAGGAAGGUAUUGGUGUCAUAUUCCCAUCUCUUUCUCUAUAAGUAAUUAUUGUUUCAUCAGUUUUAAUGAAUCAUAUAGCAAUCGCCUAAUCUCUAACUUUAUUACACUUUCACAAUUACAUUUUCGUUGUUUUGGUUGCUAUUGGGGAAAUUCCCUCAUCAAAUCAUCCUCCCAAAGCAUUUCUAGUCUUGUGAUUACCUCGACUAACCUGUGCCCCCGCACAUUGACUCUGUACCGGUACCCCCUGUAUAUAACCUCCCUACUGUUAUUUUAUUUUACUGCUGCUCUUUAAUUAUUUAAUAUUAUUUUUUAUUUUUUACUUAUCUAUUUUUUACUUAAAGCUUAUUUAUCUUAAAACUGCAUUGUUGGAUAAGGGGCUUGUAAGUAAGCAUGUCACUGUAAGGUCUACACCUAUUCGGUGCAUGUGGCAAAUAAAAAUGUGAUUUGAUGUGAUGACUAUACAUUCAAUCCACAAACAGAGGGAAAGAAGGAGGGAGAGGUGAGGAGGAUGAAGGGAAGGUGAAAAAGCAGAGAGAAGAGAAGAAGUGGAUAAGCAAGAGAAAAGGGGUGGGACUGAAUGAACAGACGAAGGGGUGCAGACACGGGGAUUGGAAAAGGAAGAUGUCGAGGCAAGAAAGAGUGAAGCCUGUGAGGGAAGACUGCAUAACACAGUGAUAAAGGGGGAAGAGGAUACAAAGUAAAAGUGAGAAGAUGUGAAUGAAGGAGAAAUAAGAGAGGAAAGAGAGAGAAGAGGCGAGUGAAGAGAGUGUGUGAGAGAGAGAGAGAGUGUGAGAGAGAGAGAGAGAGAGGGGGGGGAGCAAGAGAGAGGGGAGAGAGAGAGGAAAGAGAGAGAAGAGCGAGUGAAGAGAGAAGAGAUAGAGAGCGAGAGAGAGAGAGAGGAGAUAGAGGCUCGGGAGAUAGGAGAUCUAUCUCUCGUCUUCGCUGUCUUAUCUCUCUCGUCCUCUCUCGAGCUUCUCUCUCUCUCUCUCUCCUCUUCUCCUCUCUAGCUUCUCUCUGCUUCUCAUCGUUUCCCACUCUCUCAAAAACUUUUUCCUCUGCUUCUCAGAUGUAGGCAUUUCAUCCUGUUGGUCAAUACUGUGGGCAGGAUUAGAAGUCUUGUGUCAGGGCUGUGGCUGUGCUUUCAAGUUCCUAGUGGCACGAAAGGCCUUUGAUACGCCUGGCCAGGAGCCUCCAGGAGCGAGAUAUCCAAUGAAGGAAAUACGAGAGAUUGAGAGAGGAAGAGACUGAGAUAAAAAGAGAAGGAUAAGGGGUGAGUUAAAAGAAAGGAAAAGUAGGAUCCAGAGAGGAGCCUUAAAGAAUUAGGGUUUAUCUUGUAUUGUUCUCAGGUAACACUGUGGAUUUGCUCUCUUUCUCCCCAUAUUACCAUCUGUCUCCCCCUCUGCCAUCUCUCCUUCUCUCAACUUAUGACCUUGCUAUUGCCCUCUUUCACACCCUCCUCUCCCUCCUCUCUCUCCUCUCCCUCUCUCUUCCCUAUCUCUCUCCUCUCCCUCUCUCUUCCCUAUCUCUUCCCUAUCUCUCUCCUCUCCCUCUCUCUUCCCUAUCUCUUCCCUCUCUCUCCCCCUCUCCCUCUCUCUUCCCUAUCUCUUCCUCUCUGUCCUCUCUCUCUCCCUCCUCUCCUAUCUCUUCCCUCUCUACCACCCUCUCCCUCUCUCUUCUCUAUCUCUUCCCUCUCUCUCCCCCUCUCCCUCUCUCUUCCCUAUCUCUUCCCUCUCUCUCUCCCCCUCUCCCUCUCUCUCCAGGUAUGUGUGUAAUUAAGUCAAUGCCAGUGUUGCUGAUACACCAGCUUUACCAUCCUGACAGCCAAAUUAAAAAUUGAUUUCUUCGACUGAUUCCCCUCUCCUCCCUCCCUCUUAUUCCCGCUCUAUCGCUCCACAGCUCCUUGUCAGCCUCACCUUGGUAGGAUGAUAGGAUCCCGCUCCACCCCUCAUUUCAGACACAUUUUACUCAGGCACCUCAGCGGGCAGCCUUCCCAAUUCACAUCACCACAAUGGGAAAUGAGUUGAGAGUUGGCUGAUUGCCUGUGCGUGUGUGUGCGUGAGUGACUUUGUGUGUGCAUGCGUGUGUGUAUGUGUGUGCAUGUGUGUGUGUAUGUGUUUAGCCUGUGCGUGUGAGUUGGCUUGAAAGUAACAGAGAAACACCCAUUUGCAGUGGUUGGUGAUUAGAAGCAGUCUUGUUUCCUGCAUCACACCUGUAUUUAAACUACAACACGUAGUGGCAACAAAAUAAUUAUUCCUCUUCAAAAUGACCCUGGUCUGUUUUUUCCAGAUGAAAAUAACAUUCACACCUACAACAACCCCCUUAAACACACACACACAAGGAAAUGAUAUGAAAUGAUGGCCAACAACCUCCUCGCUCUCUCUCUCUCUCCUCUCUCUCUCUCUCCUCUCUCCUCUCUCUCUCCUCUCUCUCUCUCUCUCUCUCUCUCUCUCUCUCUCUCUCUCUCUCUCUCUCUCUCUCUCUCUCUCUCUCUCCUCUCUCUCUCUCCAGUCACACACACACACACACACACUAACACACACACACAAACACCCCCCCUCACACACACACACACACACACACCACACCACACCACACCACACCACUCCACUCACCCAUCAUGAGGUCCCCAGCACCUGGGAGCAUCAGUGAAAGUGAUUAUGUCUGCCGCAGGCUGGCUGCUUGCUGGACUGCAGCAGCCGCUGCUUUGGUUGUCCGAGUUUCUCAAUGACUAAACAAAUAAAUCCAGUCACCCUGAAGAAGAGGAAUGGCCUAGCCAUAGUGCUAGCCGUCAGAACAGUGAAAACCCUAAGCCGAUACAUGUCAUCGAUUGAGACAGACAUUCUGGCAAAAGUUAUUGGCAAAAGUCGUUAAAUAACAUCAGAAAAGUGCUAAAAGUGUUAUCUUAGUAUAGAACCUUAGCAAUAAUGUUCAGACAGACACAGAAGGCUGUCUUACCUCUAAACUCGCUAAAGUUCACUGAAAGUUUGAUUAUCGCUCAUGUACUUUACUGUACUGUAAUGAUGUCUACAUACCUCAGACUGACUUGUAAAAUAAGUGCAUUUGAUUCCUGACCCUCACAAACAAGUCCUCUGGUCCUCACAGCAAGAUGCAGUGAAUCAACUGAUUGAAAUGUGUCUCUUUAUAAAACCAGAAACGUUCUUACAGGCUGUGUUAGAAUAGCGCCAGACAGGUAUUGGCUCAUAGCCCUCUUGGCUGAAUGAAGGCUUUCAUCGCUGUCUGUGUCCCCUGACUCACUCUGUCUGGCAUCUCAGACAUCACAAUACCAGCAUUGUGAGGGAUCGUCCUCAUCGUCCUCUCCCUCUUUCUCCUCUCCCUCUUUCUUGUCCCCUCCUCCCUCCCUCUCUAUCUGACACCUUGAGUUAAGUCUCCUGUGGCUGGCUUGUUGACUGCCAAAAGAGUGUUAGCAUAGCUUAUUAGCCUUGCUAAUUCAUCCUAAUGACGAGACUGUGAGGUCCACAUGGCAGAAGUUGUAUCCGCAACCUCUGGAGUUUAGCUUCCGGAGUUCAGACCUGGGUUCAAUUGGUAUUUGUUUUCUAUUAAAUACUUUGGCUGGGCUUGCUUGAGCUAUGUCUGGUGUAAUAAAAUCAAUGAAAUAAUGCAAAUGCCUGCCUAUCUAGCACUCAGGGCAGGCUCAAUCAAACACUCAGUGAGUUAGCCAAGCCUGCUGUCACCACUUGUGAUAGAGCAAAACGGAGAACACCAUCAUGUUCGUGAGAAUCUGCCAUUUCCACAGUGCGCUCCCAUUCGUUUGUAGCCCAAAUGGAUCGGACGCUGCCAAACAGAAGUUGCCACAUCGACUGUACCAAUUUCAGACGAGUCUCCUGACACUUGUGGGGGUCGUGGAGCAAAACGGAGAAGACCAUCGUUGUCGUGAGAGUCUCCCCUUUCUACAGAGGGGUGGUUUGUAGGUCAAACCAUUCAGACAUUACAGACGUUUUCGUGAGAAGACAGAUUUUCGGGAUAUCCCAUGGUCUGAUAAACACCGCUCUAGCUCUGCCACCUUUCACCGCAGAUGCGGAAGAGCAACACUGCAGGAUGUGGUGGAUUGAGAUGCAUCCAAUGCAAAAAAACAGAUACAGUGCAUUCGGAAAGUAUUCAGACACCUUGACUUUUUCCACAUUUUGUUACGUUACAGCCUUAUUCUAAAAUUGAUUAAAUCGUUUUUUCCCCCUCAUUAAUCUACACACAAUACCCCAUAAUGACAAAGCAAAAACAGGUUUUUAGAACUUUUUCUAAUGUAGAAAAGAACAACAGCUGAAAUAUAAAAAAUAUAAAAAAAGAAUGGAAAUAUCACAUUUACAUCAGUUUUCAGACCGUUUACUCAGUACUUUGUUGAAGCACCUUUGGCAGCGAUUACAGCCUUGAGUCUUCUUGGGUAUGAUGCUACAAGCUUGGCACACCUGUAUUUGGGGAGUUUCUCCCAUUCCUCUCUGCAGAUCCUCUCAAGCUCUGUCAGGUUGGAUGGGAAGUGUUGCUGCACAGCUAUUUUCAGGUCUCUCCAGAGAUAUUCGAUCGGGCUCUGGCUGGGCCACUCAAGGACAUUCAUAGACUUGUCCCGAAUCCACUCUUGCGUUGUCUUGGCUGUGUGCAUGAUGCUUCCACCACCAUGCUUCACCGUAAGGAUGAUGCCAGGAUUCCUCCAGACGUGACUCUUGGCAUUCAGGCCAAAUAGUUCAAUCUUGGUUUCAUCAGACCAGAGAAGCGUGCUGUCAUGUGCCUUUUACUGAAGAGUGGCUUCUGUCUGGCCACUCUACCAAAAAGGCCUGAUUGGUGGAGUGCUGCAGAGAGGGUUGUCCUUCUGGAAGGUUCUCCCAUUUCCUCAGAGGAACUCUAGAGCUCUGUCAGAGUGACCAUCGGGUUCUUGGUCACCUCCCUGACCAAGGCCCUUCUCCCCAGAUUGCUCAGUUUGGCCGGGCGGCCAGCUCUUGGAAGAGUCUUGGUGGUUCCAAACUUCUUCCAUUUAAAAAUGAUGGAGGCCACUGUGUUCUUGGGGACCUUCAAUGCAGCAUACAUUUUUUGGUAUCCUUCCCCAGAUCUUUGCCUCGACACAAUCCUGUCUCGGAGCGCUAAGGACAAUUCCUUCGACCUCAUGGCUUGGUUUUUGCUCUGACAUGCACUGUCAACUGAGGUACCUUAUAUAGAUAGGUGUGUGCCUUUCCAAAUCAUGUCCAAUCAAUUGAAUUUACCACAGGUGGACUCCAAUCAAGUUGUAGAAACAUCUCAAGGAUGAUCAAUGGAAACAGGAUGCACCUGAGCUCAAUUCUUAGUCUCAUAGCAAAGGGUCUGAAUACUUAUGUAAAUAUUGUAUUUCUGUUUUUUAUUUUGAAUACAUUUGCAAACAUUUAUAAAAACCUGUUUUCACUUUGUCAUUAUGGGGUAUUGUGUGUAGAUUGCUGAUUUUUUUAUAUUUUUUAUCCAUUUUUGAAUAAGGCUGUAAUGUAACAAAAUCUGGAAAAAGUCAUGGGGUCUGAAUAAUUUCCAUAGGCACUGUAUCUCUAGCUUAAACUGACAGAUUUGGUUAUGUAAGUUACAUUUACACAUCAGUGCGUCAAUUGACUCUAGGGUUUUUAAAACAAUUUCAGUGAACCGUGAGAUUUAAGCUGGUCCACUUUUGUUGCUGACUUUGCAGUAUCUAUGCACUGCCUUGAUAGGACAGAAUAAAUUGGAGUCUGUGCUUGGAAUGGCAAUCUUUCUAACACGACUCUAAAAGCACUACUUUCAGGGGACAGUGUUUGGGCUUGUGUGUGUGUGUGUCUAGGAGCCUGUGUAUGGUCAAUGUGGUUUGUGUGUGUGUGUGUGUGUGUGUGUGUGUGUGUGUGCGUUAAGAGCUGUUGUAAGACUGGGUGUGCACUCUGGGAUGAGAGCCCACUUUGCUGCUGUGUCUUCACCCUUCUGUCUAAGAGGUGUUCUCACACAGCGGUUUCACAGGGUGCCACCUUUCCAGAACCCAUCCGAUGACAGCCAUCAUGAUGGUCAUGGUCAGAAAAAGCUGCAUGAAAAAAAGACAGACAGCUUAAUAAACUAUCCAGAGUUUUAGCACCUAAUACUGUACAUUAUGAAUGGAGACACUCAGGAGAAUGUAGACAGUUUUUAGCUGAAACAAUGUGCUACAUCAAAGUCUGUCAGGAACAUUUGCAUUAUCCUGUAGGCAUCUAGUUUAUUCCUUGUUUUAUUCCCUUCCUCCUGCACCUUGAGUUCUCCCGGAGUGCCGUUGUGAAUAAUUGAGUUUGCUAAACUAUGUGUCACAUUCACACAAACAAACGCCACACUUCUUUUAAAGUCUAUGGUUAGUCCUUUGAAAAUUCUAGCAUUUGGACCCUGAGAUGCUAAAUUCAACGUGAAGGGAGAGAAGUGUCUUUUGAAUAGUAAAGCAGUGUAAAUUAUAUGGACACAUUUUCUUUCCAAGAUAUCCAAAGAAAGCUAGACGGCAUCAGUAUUCAAAGACUAGUUUGUAAUGAAUUUUUUCACAUUCAAAGUCCCUGAUGCAUUGUUGGGCGUAGUCUUUGUCAAAACCUAUCAAUAUAAAACUAGGCAGUAGGCCUUUGUAUGCAUAAUUUAUCUUUCCCACAUUCAUGUGGGGUCUAUGAUUGCUAACACAGCAUACAGAAGGUAAACAUGAACCUUAACAUUAGCUGACCAUACUAAAACCAAUUUGUCUCUAUCGCCUUCCCCCUUUCCCUGUAGGUGGUGUACAAGAAUAACGACUUCAAGCUAGAACUCUCCCGGCUAGCCAUCGAGCGGGACCCUAAGAUCAGCCUGAACGGAGAUCUUGUCUUCCGCUGUGAGGACGUGGCCGCCCUGGACCCAGUCACCUUCGAGUCCCCAGAGUCCUUCAUUGCCCUGCCCAAGUGGAACACCAAGAAAACAGGCUCCAUCUCCUUCGACUUCCGCACCACCGAACCCAGCGGCCUGCUCCUGUUCAGCCACGGGCGCCCCCAGGGAACUAAAGAGCAGAAACUAGGUCGGGACAAGAAGUCAGACUACUUCGCCAUGGAGCUGCUGGAUGGGUUUCUCUACCUGCUCAUGGACAUGGGGUCUGGGAGUAUCAAGCUGAAGACCAGUAAUAAGAAGGUGAACGACGGGGAGUGGUGCCAUGUGGACUUCCAGAGGGAAGGAAGGAAAGGUGAGGAUACGAACAUCUACAAAGCAGUAAAUCAGUACUUUUAUAUGUUCAUGACAUUACUAAUGUACAAGCUAGGAAGCUAUUGCAAAAAGUCUACAUAUUUCCAGGUACUCUUAUGUUGCAAAGAUGUACACAUAAAUACAGACUAUAUGCUGUAUACCAGUGGAGGAUUCAGAGGGGAGGACGGCUCAUAAUAAUGGCUGGAACAGAGCAAAUGGAAUGGCAUCAAACUCUUGGAAUCCAUGUGAUUGAUGUAUUUGAUACCAUUCCACUAAUUACGCUCCAGACAUUACCACGAGCCCAUCCUCCCCAAUUAAGGUGCCACUGACCUCCUGUGCUGUAUACUCAUUCUCCAUCAUCCACCUACUCUAUUUCUUAUCUCCCUGUCCUUCAGUCCUGUCUAAAAGCUGUUCUACACACCUCUCCACCCCCUCUGCCUGCCUCUCUCUGUCCUGUCUAAAAGCUGUUCUACACACCUCUCCACCCCCUCUGCCUGCCUCUCUCUGUCCUGUCUAAAAGCUGUUCUACACACCUCUCCACCCCCUCUGCCUGCCUCUCUCUGUCCUGUCUAAAAGCUGUUCUACACACCUCUCCACCCCCUCUGCCUGCCUCUCUCUGUCCUGUCUAAAAGCUGUUCUACACACCUCUCCACCCCCUCUGCCUGCCUCUCUCUGUCCUGUCUAAAAGCUGUUCUACACACCUCUCCACCCCCUCUGCCUGCCUCUCUCUCUCCUGUCUAAAAGCUGUUCUACACACCUCUCCACCCCCUCUGCCUGCCUCUCUCUGUCCUGUCUAAAAGCUGUUCUACACACCUCUUCUCCCUCUCUGCCUGCCUCUCUCUCAGUCCUGUCUUAAAGCUGUUUUACACACCUCUCCUCCCCCUCUGCCUGCAUCUCUCUCGGCCCUGUCUUAAAGCUGUUCUACACACCUCUCCACCCCCUCUGCCUGCAUCUCUCUCGGUCCUGACACAUACACACUUGACAUCAUGUAUAUACCCCCUUAUCUCUCCUCUCUCCUCCUCCUCCUCCACUCCCAGGCUCCAUCUCAGUGAACAGCCGCAGUAUCCCCUUCAACUCCAACGAGGGCAGUGAGAUCCUGGACCUGGACAGCGACAUGUUCCUGGGGGGUCUCCCCGAGGCCCGCUCUGACCUGGUGCUGCCCCCCGAGGUCUGGACCGCCCUGCUCAACUACGGCUACGUGGGCUGCGUCCGCGACCUCUUCAUCGACGGCAAGAGCCGCGACGUGCGCCGCCUGGCCGAGAUCCAGAGCUCCCCGGGCGUUAGCAGCUUCUGCACCCGCGAGCUGCAGAAGAGGUGUAGCAGCGCCCCCUGUGGGAACGGGGGCCUGUGUAAAGAGGGAUGGAACCGCUACAUCUGCGACUGCACCGGCACCGGCUACCUGGGCAGCAACUGUGAAAUCGGUGAGGAGUGGCUGGGGAGCGGGGAAGAGCGGGGCAGUGGGGAACAGGUGGUGAUGAAACAGGAUGGGGACAUUUGGUGGCAGCGGUGGGAUCCGUGGGGAGACGGUGUCAGAAGUGGGAUCUGUCGGGAUUAAGUUAGGCUUGGUUUCAUGCUUACAAGCGAGCUAACCCUAGUCAUAAUAGGCUUAGAUGAUAAGGCUAUAUUGACUUACCCUCGUGCCACUCUAAAGCAUCCACCAGCUGCAGUGUGCUAAAAGGAGCUAUGCACUCGGGGAUGGGUGGCAUUUGGACCUACGUUAGCUUGGCAGGGAUGGGGAGCUAGCUGACUGAACUGGUGGGAGGCUGGGGAGGCUUGUGGAGCUCGGUAGAGCGACGAUGCUUACUGUCACCAUCUGGACUUGUCACGUAUAUCCAGGUGGUGCGAGGCUGCUCUCUCUGUCUGUCUAUGCGGGGGUGACACAACGUGCUAGCGUCUACGUAUGUCUGAUCCAUUUUAAUUAGCUGUAGGCUGAUUGCUGUGUCGUAGCACUAAAGGAAAGCAUCUCCUUCGAGACCCAGGUGAAAUGCAGUGGUGUGACGUAAAAUACUUUGAAGUACUACUUCAGUAUUUUGUUGGGGUAUCUGAACUUUACUAAUUAUAGUUUUGAAAACGUACUUUUACUCUACUACAUUCCUAAAGAAAAUGUGAACUUUUUACUCCAUACAUUUUUCCUGACAUCCAAAAGUACUAGUUUGAUUUCUAAUUCUUAGCAGGAAGGAAAAUGGUCCAAUUCACACACUUAUCAAGAGAACAUCCCUGGUCAUCCCUACUGCCUCUGAUCUGACGGACUCACUAAACACAAAUGCUUUGUUUGUAAAUUAUGUCUGAGUGUUGGAGUGUGUCCAUGGUAAUCCGUAAAUAAAAUAAAAUAAUCUGUUUUGCUUAAUAUAAGGACGUUUUUAUUAUUUAUAGCAUUUACUUUUACUUUUGAUACUUAAGUAUAUUUUAGCAAUUACAUUUACUUUUGAUACUUAAGUAUAUUUAAAACCAAAUACUUUUAGACUUUUAGCAGUACUUGACUGAGUGACUUUCACUUUUACUUGUCAUUUUCUAUUAAGGUAUCUUUACUUUUACUCAUGUAUGACAAUUGGCUACUUUUUCCACCACUGGAAUUGAAUGCACAACUCAGGGAUGCUGUUGUGGCCUAUCAACGGUAACAAGAGAGUCUGAAUUGAAAUCAAGGCAGUGAAGGACUGAACGUCAUCCAAAGAAAGGUCAUUUGGUACCAGCUUUGGUGUAAUGUUUGUUUCUGAUGAUCUGUGGGUGUUUUUGGUGGUGCUUCCCUACCCUCUAGUGUGGUUAUCUUAUACUGCAAGUGAAUGAAAAAGAGUUACAAUAUUGUGCUUAGUUGUCACUUGUCUGACCAGGGUGGUCUAACUCAAUAUUAGUGUAUAAGUAGUGGGACUUGGUCUUCAAUAAUACAGUAAGAUUGGAAACUAACCUUCUGAGUCAGCCGUUUUAUUCAACAGCAAAUAGUUGUUUGCCAAAAGCCAAUAUGCUUUGUGUUAAAGUGGAUUUCAGUGGCCUAACCAGUAGCAUCAUACAGUAUUUGGUUUGUGCUCCAAACCAUAUGCAUCCUAAAUAAAAGGGAAGUACCCAGUCAUGGUGAAUCAGCCUAUCCCAUGGUGACACGUGUUGACCCACAUACACAGAGACCUCCUUAGGCAACCUGUCAAUCAUCUCUACAGAAGUUAUCUACGUAAAGUCAGCUGCAGGGGUGACUACAUUGUUUUGCUGUACGUGUCUAUGAUGUUAUCUACAUCAUAUAUUCUGUUAGUUGUAUUAGAGUUGUUAUAACACCUCCCUUUAUUGUCCUCUCUAGUUAAAGAAAAGACACGUUGCUAACCUUGGAAGACCUUUCUGCACUGGGUGUCAAUGUGUGUAUUGGAAAAUCUACAAUGUCAGAUCUCUAAUCUUGGGUUCUCUUGUUAAACAUACUAUCACUCCAUAAUGUAUGUGUCUGUCUGUGUCUGUCUGUGUGUCUGCUCAUGUGUGCUUCUGCAUUCCUCUCCAUACCUCCACCCCCUUACAGAGGCGACGGUGCUGAGCUACGACGGCAGCAUGUACCUGAAGAUCAUCAUCCCAGGCACCAUGCACACUGAGGCAGAGGACGUGGCGCUACGGUUCAUGUCCCAACGGGCCUAUGGCCUCCUCAUGGCCACCACCUCCAAAGAGUCCGCCGACACGCUGCGGCUAGAGCUGGACGGUGGCAGGAUCAAGCUGACCGUCAAUCUAGGUAACCCAUGGCAACCCCACCAUGACCCCCUCUGGUUUUCGCUUAACCCCUUCCGUCAAGCUCCACCCCCUAAACCUGAGCCUUUGUCUGUCACUUCAAGCCUGUCUCCUGUCUCUGCUUCCCUGGUUAGACCUACUCCUGUAGCCUCUUUGCUCUGUUUCUCCCCUGAUUCCUAUGGAGAGAUCUCUAGCUAA